GCAUGGUGCUGCUGCACCAGAUGCCGCCGGAGCUGGAACAAUGGCUACCAGCUACUGGCCGACGCCACGCACGCUAUGCUGGUUCUGCCUGACGACACCACGGUGAAGGAGGGAGACUGCGUGCAGUACCUCACUGCCGGCAGCAAGUACGAGGUCCUGGUCAGGACCAUCGAGCCCGAUGGGUACGGAGGCGGAUCCCUGACCUUUGAGAUGCCAAGCUGGAGCUCUCACAAGGCCGGGGUUUGGGGUUUAGGGUUUAGGAAGUUUAGGGUUUAG